CAGCUCCCUCCUCCUCUCGUGCUCCUGGGAUGAGUGUUCUGCUGAAGACACAGUGGCUGCUGCUGAUGCUGCUGCUGGGGUGGGGGGUCCAGGACAUGCUCGCCUUACACAAGAUGAUCAUGCUUUGCCACAAGGACCUGAGCUUUGAAGCCUUGUGCAGACACGUAACAAGCCUGGAAACAACAGAUAGAAAUGAAUCCUGGUUCUGAUAAGACCAGGAUACAAAGGCCCAUCAGGACCUUGACGGGUCCAAAACAAGACAACGAUGGCAAAGAGGGAUUACCUGGUGGAGGCAGCCAAGCAGAUCCGCAUGGCACUGGACAGCGAGGUCAACGAAGACUAUGAGGCAGCUUUCAGUUACUAUAAGAAUGGGGUGGAUUUACUGCUGAAUGGGGUCCAGUUGGACCCGAACAAGGAGCGUAGGGAAGCUGUGAAGAGAAAGACAACGCAGUACCUGAAGAGAGCAGAAGAAAUCUUUAUAACACACCUGCAGGACAACCUUGGGAAGGGAAGCGCUCAUUUAGGGGGUUACAGCAGUCUGAGAUUCCGUCCAAUCAGACACCUGAGCUCGCCUGUGGAGGAUCUGGAGAUGUGCAAGGUGGUGGGAGUUACAGAUAAGGUCUUGAUUGUCCAAAGUAUGGUCAAUAAGGAGACAUUUGUUGUAAAGAGUUUAGUCAAGUCAAGCUGGGAGAGCAGAGAGCAGCCAACUAUCAUUCCUCAGGGGGUGCCGUACAUGGUGAAGCUGCUGAGGUACUACGUCAGUGAGGAUGCGGUGUACCUGCAUCUUGAGCAUGUCAAAGGCGGGAGGCUUUUCUCCAAGCUGCACAAGCUGAGAAACGAGAAGGCCAAGGAACACCCUGAAUGCUUCUCUUCUGGCCAGCACAUCAAACUAAAGACCAGCCAUACCUCACCCACAAUCAGCACAGACUACCAGCACAUCAACAGUGAAAGUAAGAGAACAACACGAGAGAAAUUAAAUGAUGAAAGCCCAGAUGGAGAAUUCCAAACCUCGUGGCAUGAAACUCAGCAGAGAGUGGAUAGCUGUGGGACUCAUUCGUACAUAGAGGAGACAGGGUGUCUGCAGAACACACGCUCAUCAUUUUAUACAAAGCUUGAUCGGCUUAGUCUGCAUUCUGGCCCCACGAGGACCCAGGUCAGCACCCGUAUCCAUCCACCAGCUCCCAGUCUGUGUUUGCACUCCACUCGGGAAACUCAGGAAAAGCUUGCUCUUCCUCUUUCUUGUGCUCGAGUCAGUCAAGCUCUUGAUGUCAUGUCAGAACUCCACAAAACAAAAACCGGAAUGGGACUAAUUGAGUGUAGCUCUGAAUUUGAAGUGGCUUGGAAAGCUGCAGAUGCAGAACACAACUGUGAGAAAAUCAACCCCUAUGCAGUGAGUGACACUGAUCUCCAUUGCACAUUAGGACAAAGUCCACCUCAUACAAAUCAGACCUCAUUUAAAAAUGCAGGAUCACCAAACAGUGAGAAUAACGGUUUGAGUUCCUCCCCUGCCAUUUUACAUCUUCCUCUCCAUUGCCAAACCCAGAUCCACGGCAGGGCAUCAUGGGAUACCAAUAGUCCUCACCAAGGAUCUUUUUUAAGUGGCGCCUCAACAGACAUGACCACAGACUGCUUCAAAACAAUAAAACAGGAAAACAACAGUCCCACUGCAGAGGAAAGAAAUGGAAUGGUGUUCAUCAGGAGCACAGACAGAGCAGUAUUCUCUGAACACACAGAUACAAGGAUCAUGUUAGAAAGUUCCUGGCCUUCCUCCACUCCUAUGUGCCACAGCACUGCAGCCAAACACGGUCCGUUUUUAAGGAUCCCGCUGGUCCUGCCAGGGGCUGAGGAGCACAGAGGUGAAAAGUGUUCAAAUGAGGCAAGAGAAGGUGCAGAGGAAGCCUGUGAACUGUUCAGUCCUGGAGAGAAGAAGGCGCCAGUGUCAGGCUCUUUUUGGCAGCUCAGAAAGACAGAGGAGAAGGACCCUUUAAUGAAGUCAGGGGGGUCGGAGGGGCAGGGGGAGGACCAGAUCAUUGAGGUGGACGGCUGGUGUCACCUACCUCGAUUCCCUGUGAAGACCCCCAGGCAGACAGAUAAAGCCCUGCAGACAUGCUGGGGGCUUCCAGAGGCGGAAGUACGAGUCUGGGGGGCACAGAUCCUGCUGGCCCUGGAGAGCCUGCAUCAGCAAGGCAUCCUGUGUCGGGAUCUCAACCCCAGGAAUGUUCUGCUCACCAGCAAUGGAAAGGUGUGUUUGACAUUUUUUGGCCAGUGGAGUGAAGUCCAGUCAGAGAUAAGCCCCAAAGCCACAGAGCAGAUGUACUGCGCUCCAGAAAUUGGGGGUGUGUCCAAAGCCACAGAAGCUUGUGAUUGGUGGAGUCUUGGGGCUUUGUUGUUUGAGCUUCUAACUGGAAUGCCUCUGUGGCAGCUCCAUCCAGCAGGAAUCCACUCCCACACUCAGCUGCUUAUCCCAGACCACCUGAGCACUGCAGCUGCAUCCCUGCUCACCGAGUUGCUUCAGUUUGAUGCCGGCUAUCGUUUAGGUUCUGGAGGUGGAGGUGUGAGUGAUAUCAAGUGUCAUCCCUUCUUCAGCGCAAUUUCUUGGAAAGCUCUCAGCUGCUAGCAGGAGCGACUGCACACCAAGCUGAAAACAGAACUACAUCUUGGGUUUUCUUUCCAUUUUUUGCUUCCUCAAGAAAAUGACAAUAAAAAUUGAAACACAAACCCAUUGACAAAUGUCUCUCCCACUACAUUAUUUUACUUUUGAGACUGUACACAAGUUUGAAUAAAUUCUAUAGCAUUUCUUACCAGUGCAUGUUCUGUCACUAGUUCUAUGUGCCGAAGUGCAAGAAAAAUGUAAUAAAUGAGUUUCACAAACCA